ACAAGUUAAGCAAACGGCCGAAAUAACGGAGUGUUCUCUCCCGUCGUCGUCUAAAGAUUCAAUAAAAAUAAAACCAAAAAAAAAAAAAAAAAAAAACGAAAAGAAUGCGUGUUUGCUAACUAACCUUGUUGGUUGAAAUCAUUGAAGUAUCAGGCGCUGGUAGCCGUUAGGAAUCUUCGAGCUGUUUUCUUUUUUCAAUAAUUUAAUUUCUGGAGAAUGUUUUGACAGCGUGAAGACUGUUUGAGAUUUUUAGACAAGACGGCCUCUUUUUUCAAAAAUAGUUUGAGUAGAGUGUAAAGAGAUGGCGACGAGGAGGCAGAAAGUGCAACUGUUGGUCCGACUGCUGCUGCUGGCGGAGCUGUUGGACGCCAGCACAGAGGCGGAAUCGUCGGACAGAAAAAUUAAUCCGGAGUCUUGGCUGCAACAGUACGGUUACCUUCCUCCAGGGGACAUGAGGACCCACACGCAGCGCUCCCCUCACUCUGUCUCCUCAGCCAUUGCCGCCAUGCAGAGGUUCUACGGCCUUACGGUCACCGGCACAUUUGACAGCAACACCAUCGAGGCGAUGCAGCGACCUCGCUGUGGUGUGCCAGACAAGUUUGGAGCUGAGUUGAAGACCAACUUGAGGAGGAAGCGUUACGCAAUCCAGGGCCUGAAGUGGACCAAGAACCAAAUCACAUUUUCGAUACAGAACUACACACCAAAGGUGGGCGAGUACGAGACUCAUGAAGCCAUCAGGAGGGCCUUCAAAGUGUGGGAGAGUGUCACCCCACUGCGAUUCCAAGAGAUCCCGUACCAUUAUAUACGGGACAAGGUGGAGGAGUUUGCAGAUAUUAUGAUUUUCUUUGCUGAGGGUUUCCACGGUGACAGCAGCCCUUUCGAUGGCGAGGGAGGUUUCCUGGCACAUGCUUACUUUCCUGGCGUUGGCAUCGGGGGUGACACCCAUUUUGAUGCAGCUGAGCCUUGGACGAUUGGAAACCGGGAUCUGUUGGGCAAUGACAUAUUUCUGGUUGCCGUGCACGAGUUGGGGCACGCACUCGGUUUGGAGCAUUCCAACGACCCCUCAGCCAUCAUGGCUCCCUUUUACCAGUGGAUGGACACUGAGAACUUCCAACUUCCUGAAGAUGACCUCAGAGGCAUACAACAACUUUACGGCUCUGGAUCAGGACCUCAGCCACCAUUUGUGACACCUCGCAUGCCGACGGACACAACCCCCAGCUAUACACCAGACAAGCCUCGUUUUGGCCCAAACAUCUGCGAGGGACACUUUGACACCAUCGCCAUCCUCAGAGGAGAAAUGUUCGUAUUUAAGGAUAAGUGGUUUUGGCGAGUGCGUAACAACCACGUGAUGGAUGGUUACCCCAUGCCCAUUGGUCACUUUUGGAGGGGACUGCCUACCCUCAUCAAUGCUGCUUUUGAAAGAGAGGAUGGGACAUUUGCUUUCUUUAAAGGUGACAGAUACUGGGUGUUUACUGAAUCUAUUCUCGAUUCCGGUUACCCCAAGAAGCUGAAGGAAAUGGGCACUGGCCUCCCUAGAGAUCGGAUAGACGCCGCACUUUAUUACACGCCUACUGGACAGACGUACUUCUUCAGAGGAGACAAGUAUUACCGUUUUAACGAAGCAUCCCGAAGUGUUGACGAUGGUUAUCCAAGGCCUGUUAAUGUCUGGCAAGGAGUCCCUGACAAUAUAAAGGCAGCUUUCAUGAGCAAAGAUCAAGCGUACACCUACUUUUAUAAAGCCAAUAAGUACUGGAAGUUCAACAACCAGAUGAUGCGCGUGGAGCCCGGAUACCCGAAAUCAGCGCUGCGCGAUUGGAUGGGUUGUCCCAACGAAGACCCCAAGACGGACGGUGGAAGAGGCGGCCACGACAAAGACAAGGAGCGGGACCACAACGACGACGACAAGGACAGAAGCAGAGACAGGGAGACGGACAAAGAAAGGGAGAGAGAGACGGAGACAAAGGUGGAGCGAAAGGAGGAAGUGGAGGACACGGAGGUGAUCAUUAUCGAGGUCGAGGAGGAGGGGAGGGCGGGAAGUGGCGGGGGGGCGGCAGCUGUGGUUAUUCCUUUGUUCCUGCUGGUGUGCGUGAUCGCAACGCUGGCAGCUUUGGUGUUUCUCCGUCGCUACGGUACUCCUCGCCGCCUCCUCUACUGCCAACGUUCCUUACUGGACAAAGUGUAGUUGGAACAGGAGAGGAGAGGAAAGAGAGAGAAACAAAUGGAAGGCGCAAAAUGCGAUCAAAUGUGAGGAAGCGCCAGCACGUUUGACUUUUGAGACCACUGCGAGGUUCUGUUUGCUCUGCGCCUCAAGCACGCCGACCUUCCGUUUGCUUCUCUGUCUUUGUGGUGACUGACGCCAGCUCACGGCUGUUUGUUUUGUUUUGUUUUCGCCUUUUUCAAUGUCUACUUUUCAAGUUGACGUCAUCGGUCAGCGUUUGUGCCCGCUUCACGGCGUACCAUUGGAACGUGUUCGUCUUUGUGUCAGCAAAUUCUGCAUUUGAACCCCCCACCCCCACCAGCAAUAUACAAUAUGACACACACACAGACACUCAUGCAAAAGCACAUUUCUUUUAAAACCACAAACUUAUUGGUUUUUAACCUUCUAGUAAAACAUUACCGAGCCAGUGUGAACCAUGAAAGGGAAAAAACCCACCAGCAUGAGCAAUAAACUGUUUCCCCCUUUUUUAUAUAAAUGAUGAUGCUGUCAUUAUUAUUAUGACUAUUACUAUUAUUGUUGUUGUCUGUGUAAUGAAUGUGUUUUUUUUCUUUUGUACAUUGUCAUUAAAAAGUCCUGCUGGACAGUGACAUACAUUUUGAAAGUGGCCUUAAUUUUAUAUGUGGGAAUCGUGAACUUGGGAUGUGGGUUAUUAUUUGUUAUUGAAACUUGAUUGUUUUUUUUUUAAUCUUCAAAUGAAAAUAAAUCAGAAAUCUGAAAAAAUGCUUCCAUUUUUCAUUGUAUUUGUUUACCAUUUUACAGUCUGGUGCUAACUUUUCUAGUCAGGGUUUAAAAGAAAUCACACAGCAAUGAUGAUGAUACUAGUGAUGAUGAUAAUAAUGAUAAUGAUCUGGUUUUCUCAAUUAGAUUCUGUCUAUGUUCUUUACUUUUUGGACAUUUCCUACAAAAUAAAGACAUUUCAAAAGUA